UUCUCUACGUCAUUCGCUCUUGCUAGCUUCGUUGCGAGCGUAGCUGGACACGGUUUCGUCACCGAUCCCCCAGCAAGACGAGCAGGCAAGGCCAUGGCCGCAGCAUGCGGUCAGCAGGUGUUCAAUAACCAGGCGGCCGAUACAUACGGAAAUGUCCAAGGAAUUCUUCAAGUUGCAAGAGGACAGUCCGACUUCAAUGCCGACGCUUGCAACGUCUGGUUGUGCAAGGGUUUCCAGUUCGCCGAUAACGCCGCCAACGUGCAAACAUUCUCUGCCGGCCAGACCGUCCCCAUCACCGUGGAUAUCCGUGCACCCCAUACAGGAACCGCCAACGUCUCCAUUGUGAAGACCAGCUCCAACUCCAUUAUUGGUUCUCCUCUUAUCAGCUUCGAUUCCUACGCCUCGAACUCUGCACCCAUCCCGGAAAACCAGAAGAACUUCGACAUCACCAUCCCGUCCGACUUGGGUUCUCAGUGCGCUAACCCGGGUGACUGUGUCAUCCAGUGGUAUUGGGAUGCCCGCUCAAUUGACCAGACCUACGAAGCCUGCAUCGACUUCACCGUCAGUGGCUCUGGCGGAUCUCCUGCACCCUCGGACCCUGCGCCUGCGCCUACUACAACCACUCGUCCCACCGCUGUACCGACGGCUGGCGUGCCAACUACCACCCUCAUUCCUGUACCUACUUCGUCGCCCACC